AUAUACAAGUCACAUAUAGACAAGAUGCCACACUCAUUAUCGCCAGAAUCAACACCAGCGGGCGAGUCGUCACGAGAAAUGUCGCAAGCUGAGGAUAUCAAGCCAGAGCCAGAAACACAGGAUGCCACAAUGGAGGAUGCGCCGAGUCCACCAGCACCAGCGCCCACAGAGAAGUCGAGAGUCAACCUGGAAGAGCUCUUCGACGACGAUGAUUCAGACGGCGAGUUUGCGUCGAGCGCUCCCGUUAAGUCCGAAGAAGAAGCCUCACAGCCAGCACCACUCAAGAUCACAAGUCGAUCGUCCUUCUCUGACCCCGAAAUCAUGCGUGCCUUCUAUCAACGCCUCUUUCCCUUCCGCUACCUCUUCCAAUGGUUGAACCACAGCCAAACCCCCGCAAACGACUUCGCUCACCGAGAGUUCGCCUUCACUCUACCCAACGACGCCUACCUACGAUACCAAUCCUUCCCCACUGCCGACCUCCUUCGAAAACAAUGCAUACAAAUGCUGCCCUCCCGUUUCGAAAUUGGUCCCAUGUACAGCACAAACCCACGCGAUCGCAAGACCCUCCGCAAAGCCAGCGCUUUCCGCCCGCUCAUGAAAGAGCUGGUCUUUGAUAUUGAUAUGACAGAUUACGACGACAUUCGUACAUGCUGUACUGGCGCAUCCAUCUGCCACAGGUGUUGGGUCUUCAUCACAAUGGCCAUCAAGGUUGUGGACAUUGCACUGCGCGAAGACUUCGGCUUUUCUCACAUCCUCUGGGUCUACUCUGGUCGUCGCGGAGCUCACGCCUGGGUUUGCGAUAAGCGCGCUCGUCUCAUGGACGACCAAAAACGCCGUGCCAUAGCCGGCUACCUCGAGCUCCUCAAGGGCGGCGACCAAGGAGGCAAGAAAGUCAACGUCCGACGUCCGCUACACCCACAUCUCGAGCGCAGUCUCGAUAUCCUAAAAGAGCACUUCCAGACGUCUAUCCUUGCGGAGCAAGAUCCCUGGGCCUCUUCCGAGAAGUCAUCGCAUCUCCUCAACCUCCUCCCCGACCCCACACUGCGCGCCGCGCUGCAGAAGAAGUGGGAUUCUGCGCCCAACCGCGCCAGCGCAAGUAAAUGGGCGGACAUCGACACAUUGGCAAAGUCUGGCGCGUUAUCGAAAACAAGCAAGGAGCUCCUGGAAGCGAAACAAGAUAUUGUCCUUGAGUACACUUACCCACGUCUCGACGCCGAAGUUUCCAAGAAACUCAACCAUUUGCUAAAGAGUCCGUUCGUCAUUCAUCCUGGUACUGGGCGCGUCUGCGUACCUAUUGACACGAGGAGGGUGGAGGAGUUUGAUCCCUUGGGCGUACCAACUGUUACACAACUGCUGCAAGAGAUUGACGAGUGGAAAUGUGAGGAGGGAGAGAAGAAGGUACAGGAUUGGGAGAAGACGAGUCUCAAGCCAUAUGUCGACUAUUUCCGCAAGUUCGUGGCUGGACUGAUGGAGGAAGAAAAACCAGCAUUGAAGAGGGAAAGACAAGAGGGAGCGGACGCUAUGGAGUUUUGAUUUUAUCACCUUGUAUGGUUCAUGAUCUACGCAGCAUUGUGGGAUGGCGUUCAGGACUUAGCGAUGGACAGUUAGAAACACUU